CCUCUCUCCUCCUCCGAUCCAUCGCUGCCUACUACCUCGAUCCUUAUGCCUCCGUUAGUGUUCCCUUUUGACGUAACUGCUUCUUGAUCCAAUUAAAGAUUUUUAUUUUUUUUGUUUUUAGCUUUAUCCUCGCAACCAAGUCCACUCUUUCCGCCAUAUAAUUCAAGAAAAAACAGUUUUUUAUUUAAAAAAAAAACAAAAGGAGGGUCAAUAAGGGGAAGUCGCCUUCGCUGCUGCCAAGUUUCAAUUUUGCGCAGUCUAAAACCCUCGCCGGAGCCAAGAUUCCGGCGGACCUGCAACUCUACGGCUCUCUUCCUCCUAUUUCUGCGCAUCUUCUCUCAUUAGUGGCAUGGAUUGGCUCUCUUCAGUCACUGUCCAUAAUCUGAUUCCUUUCACAUACGGGCCAUAUUGAACAAUUAAGGCAAGUAUGUAUCAGGUGGUGCAAGGAAUUUUUGAUAGCAGAUAUGAGUACCAGUACUGGCCAAACAAUCGAGGAGCAUGGAACUCCUAUUGACGCGGAGAAGAAGAGAGUACAAUGCAAAUACUGUUUGAAGGAGGUUAAUGGCUUUAACCGUCUAAAGCACCACCUUGCUGCUGUUGGGAAUGAUGUGACUGCAUGCUCCGAAGUUCCAUCUGGAGUCAAAGCAAGGAUGAAAGAUCUUUUACUUGAGAAACGGAAAGAGAGGUUUAUGAAGGAAGUUGGGAGGAUAGAACAUCCCGAGCUUCCUUUGAAGCGGAACUUUUCUCCAUCUAGCGAACAGAGACACUGCCGAACAAAAUUAACUACUCCGACUGAUUCAGGUGAGGGCAGCAUAGAAACAGGGGAUAGUAUCCGGGGGAGCUUCAAAUUAAAAAUGCCUUUCCCUCAACAACCCCCAAAGGCGAUGAAUAAUCUGGACUUCCAAAUAGCUGAUACUAUAAAUGGGAGCCACACCUCUAUACCUGCUAUAGAGAACAUUCAGCCGAUCGUCAAAGAAGAAGUAAAGGAUGAAAUAACAUUGCAUGCAGCAAGAUGUAUUGGCAGGUUUUUCUUCGAUGCUGGAAUCGACACAACCAACAUCAAUUUACCUUCAUUUCAAGCAAUGAUCGAUGCUGUAAUAUGCUGUGGUUCUGGUUACUCAGCCCCGGGUUUAGAUGAACUGAAGGGAGUGAUCCUCCAUCACGAGCUAAAAGAAGUUGUUGAGCACGUAGAGCAUGUGAAGCAAUCAUGGCAACGAACUGGGUGUAGCAUUUUGCUUGAUGGUUGGACUGAUCAAAGGGGCAGAAGCUUUGUUAGUUUUCUUGUGAGCUGCCCUGCAGGUACCAUCUUUUUGAGAUCUGUUGAUGCGUCUGAUGCCGUUGAAGAUGUAGAUGCAUUGUCCUCCUUGAUUUCUGAUGUCAUCGAGGACGUAGGGGUGGAGAAUGUAGUGCAAGUGGUUGCUCAUGAGAGCUCAGACUUGAUUGAGGAAGCUGGGAAGAGAAUCAUGGAGAGGUAUAGAUCGAUAUUUUGGACAUUAUGUGCUGAAUAUUGUAUAAAUAUGAUACUGCAAAAGAUCCAAAUGUUAGACAGUGUUAAGAAAGUGUUGGAUGAUGCUAAGGCUAUUUCAAGAUUUAUCCACAGUAAUCCACAUACUCUAUCUCAUUUGAGAACCUAUAUUGGAACUCAUAGUCUUGUCAAAAUGUCCAACUUGAAAUCUGUGAUUCCGUUCAUCACUUUGAAAAACAUGUUAUCUAACAGAGAGAUUUUGGUCGGCCUGUUCAACUCUCCAGGUUGGGAUGCCGCUGAUCUGGCUUCCAAGUGGAGAGGAAAAUGCAUAUCUAAGAUGGUGAAAGAUUCUUCAUUUUGGGCUGCUGCAGUUGAAGUUUUGAAGGUCACAACUCCGCUACUGGGUAUUUUGGUUGAGAUUAGCAGGAAAGACACAUCUCCAAUGGGAGUCUUGUACAAUUCCCUCGAUUGCGCGAAAGAAGAAAUCAAAGAGAACAUGGGGGGUGAAGAAGCAAGAUAUAGUCUUUAUUGGGCUCUGGUAGACGAUGUAUGGAACAACUAUCUCCAUAGCCCCCUUCAUUCUGCUGGAUACUAUCUCAACCCAAUUCUCUUUUACUCGAGCGAUUUCUAUCUUGAUGCUGAGGUCACUACCGGUGUAGUUUACUGCAUGGUGAAAAUGUCCAAGGACCCGGAGGAGCAAGAGCAGAUGGUUAUACAGCUCGAUAAGUAUAGGCAAGCUGAAGGUGAAUUUUCUGGCGAGGAAGCAGUUGAUGGAAGGGAAAAAGCUUCACCAGAUGUGUGGUGGUCAGCUCAUGGAGGGCACUGUCCUGAACUCCAACGAAUUGCCGUCAAGAUCCUGAGCCAGACUUGCAGUGGAGCCUCAAGAUACAUGCUGAAGAAAGCCAUAUCGGAGAAGUUGCAUGCGGAGGUAAGGGAUGUUACAGAACAACAAAGGUUUCGCGACCUCGAGUUUGUGCACUACAAUCGCCGCCUAUGGCACCCACCGCCAACCUCCCCCGAGCUUGAGUUUUACCCAGCUGAUGAAACCGUGAAUGAGUGGAUUGUAGAUAACAACUGAUGGUUGUGUUAAACUCGAGAUAAUCUUUAUAACAUGGUAGUGGGAAUAGUAUUAGUCAGCACCUCUUUCGCUUCAUUUCA